AUGUUGAAGAUUGGGUUAUCAGCUUUGAGCUUCUCACUCGGCUCAUCUUCCAAAGUUUCCACAACAACACUGUUGAGCUCCAAGGGUAGGCGCAUAUCCAAGAGAAGGAGAGACAGUUCGCUGAAUUGCAGGAACAUCCAGAGUCUUUAUCCUAGGAUUGCUCAAGAAACAAUCAUGUACAAGGAUGAGCAACUGAGAGAAGCGCAAGAUUCUGAUGAUACACAAGCACCGGAUGACUCGCAGCUUUUAGAGACGGAGUUAGAUUUCAGUUGUCCACCACAAUUUGCUCCAGAGUGUAACACUUUCAAAUGGAAAGUGAAAAUCAGAGUGGAAAACGGGAAUACAUUCAAAUGGAGAAAUACAAGAACAAACGUUGACAACAAAAGAAGUUUGGAAAUUGCAAAACCGCAAGUGAUAAUUCAUUUUGAUGAAGAUUGUGGUCAGCCUGAUGAAGAUUCUGGAGGUUUAUUAGGGUCUUGGUUAGGUCAGUUGAGUAAUGAUGUUAAUUUGUUGCCAAUUGACUAUGCUGAUUGGAGGGUAUUCGCUCCUCAUCGGAAGGACAAAGCCUGGGACAUUAUUCUGACUAAAUUCUGGUUUGAUAAUCCGGACAAGAAAAAGAACUAUGUUCUAAGUGUAUUAGGGAGCAGAUGCAAGGAUUUUAAAGUUCGUCUCUGGAAGAUGUACAAACGGAAUGACCGUACUGAAACCAUACAGAAUCGUCCUGCCAUGGUUCCAGAAGAUCAGUGGAAUGGUUUUGUUUUCUAUAGAUUCAGUGAAAAAUGGAAGGUAUGUUUAUGUAUUGAAUAUAAGAUAGAUUUAUACAUAUUACAAGAUUUGGGAGUAACUCAGAAAAUGCGUGAACGGAAUAUCAAUAACCAAAAAAAGAAUACUUUACCACAUGUCUGCGGAAGAAAGAGUUUUGCGAGGAAGCGACAAAACAUUGUAAGUAAUUUAACACCAUGCAGAGCAGAAUUUUUCAUUGCAAGCCGUAAGAAGUCUGAUGGAACUUUUGUUUGUGAAGAAGCAAAAACUCGUGCGGAUGAACUCACACUUUUGAUGAGUGAAAAUCUUUCAGUUGAAAGGUCAAAUAUCACUGCUAGUUUAGACGAUGAGUAUUCCAAAGUUUUUGGACCAGAGCGAUCAGGACGAGUCCGGUGCCUAGGACGUGGACCUACACCUUCAAAGCUAUUGAAAAUGUCCAGUACUCCAAAUGUAGAAGCGUCAAAUUCUGAAGUUGUUGAGCUGAAGUCACAAGUUUCAGGAUUGCAAAGCCAAGUCCAGAAUUUAGCAGGAAUGAUCCAACAACUAGUUGGUGCUACUACUAUUCAGUCUAAUGGAACGGUGCCAAAUUUAGCUGGUGUUCUGUCAAACUUGGCCAAUCAACCAAAUUUUGCUGAUAAUUUAUCAAAUUUGGUCAAUCAACAGAAUUCUGAGCUACUAUAG